AUGGCAACUAUUGGGCUUCUCACGAUACCGGUCGAAGUGCGCCUUGCCAUCCACAGAUACAUCUUCCAGGACGUAAAGGUGUCGAUCCUCUACGAUCCCACUUUCGCUCAAGCGGUCGAAGGGGAUAACGAAGAUGAAAAUAAAGAUGAAAACGGCGCUCUUGAGCCCGAAUCUGAAGUCGCCAGGGGUGAUGCAUAUUAUUCCCGGCAUCUGAACCGAGGUGUUGGUAUAGGGUCCGUGACAGCACCAGGGUUCCAAUCGAACCAGCAUGUGUCCAUCCUUCUGGUGUGUCGCCAGCUGUACGACGAGGCUGUGAGUGUGUUUUUCCAGACCGUGACAUUCCAACUGCAGAGCUUGUCCGUGGAGCAGGAAAGAUUUGUUCGACACUUGGGUGCGCUUCCCACGGCGGUAUUGUCAGCAACGACAAUGGAUCCAUCACCAGAAACAGAGACACAUUCGCCGCCACCAUCUCCUUCAUUGUCACCCGUACCAUCGCUGGCACCAAUCACUACUCACCCAUCAACCACACCAGUACCAGAGCCGAUACCAUAUCACCUCACAUACCACCCCACAGCACAUAUCCAAAUCUUAACCAUCACACACUCGCUCCUCCCGACCCUGCCCCCAGAGAAACUGCACAACCUAUUCCCCAGUCUCACGAGCUUGACGAUUCAGAACAUCACUAUCCCGCUCGCACACCAAACGCUUUCCGCACUAACGCCACACCUGUACACACUGCAUCACUCGAGUUCGCUCUCCGAGGAGGACAAUGGUCCCAUUUCGGUCUCGGAAUCGCAGCCCCAGCCCCAGCCCCAGCCGCAAUCGCAAUCGCAAUCACCGGGCAUUCUCGUGCUCCAAACCCUCCUGUGCUCCAUCGAUGAAGAAGCACAGAUGGAGGCGAUCAUGGCGCAUGCGAGCUAUGCGAGUCGUACUAGUCCUGCGAGUGGACAGACGAUGCAUACGAGCCGUCCAGUAACGAAAAGGGGUAAGUACGCGCUAGAACUGCAGUUUGUGCUGCGUUGUCGACAUGUUGGGAUGCUCGUCGUGCCCGGCAUGUUCCCAAUGGCGAACGCUCCGCAUCGUCAUCCUGAGAGGGUGGUUACUUAUAGUUUUAACGCUGCCCGGGCUGGGGCUGGUACUGGAGGUUUGAUGUGA